UCUUUCCGCCCGUUCAUUUGGAGCAGCGAGGUUUUCUCUUGUUUUGACCAUCCUCGGCCACCGUAGAAAGCCACUUCCCAAACAUCAACAUGCCGGCGGCUGCUCGUCCUUCUUCUCUCUGUGAAUCUCUCUGUGUCUCUGAGCAGGAGCUUCUCACUGCUUCCCCGCUUCUCUGAUGAAAGUUAGAGGAACCUCCCCUGAAACAUGGAGUAUCUGCUGCAGGUGAAGAUCGCUGCUCUGGUCGGUUUAUUGCUGCUAACGCUUUUCUUCGGAUCUAUCCCCGCCCGGGUCAAAUGGUUCAGACGCACUAAUGGAACAGAAACCCACCGCACAGUUCUGAGUCUGAUCAGCUGUUUUGCCGGGGGGGUUUUCCUGGCAGCAUGUCUGCUCGACAUCAUUCCAGAUUAUCUGUCAGACAUCAGCACGGAGCUGGAGAAUCGGAAGGUGGAGACCAGCUUCCCUCUUCCGGAGUUCAUCAUGGCCUCCGGCUUCUUCAUGGUCCUCAUCCUAGAGAAGAUGGUGCUGACCUGCAAGGACAUGGGGGGGGCUCAGGAGGAGAGGGCCCCCCUUAUAGCGGACGACAGACACGGCCACGGCCACGGCCACCGAGCCAGCGCGGAUCUGGAGAGCAGCGGCCACCACGUCCAUGUGGACUUUCAGGCUCAUUCCCCGUUUCGAUCCUUCAUGCUCUUCCUCUCGCUUUCGCUCCACUCCGUGUUUGAGGGUCUCGCCAUCGGCCUCCAGAACACAGACUCAAAGGUUUUAGAGAUCUGCAUCGCGAUACUCGUCCACAAGAGCAUCAUCGUGUUCAGCCUGUCUGUGAAGCUGGUCCAGAGCGCCGUUCGUCCGCUGUGGGUGGCGGCUUACAUCGGCGUGUUCGCCCUGAUGUCCCCUUUAGGCAUCGGCAUCGGCAUCAGUGUGGUGGAGGCCCAGCUAGCAUCCGGAGCGCUGAUCCAGUGCGUCCUGGAGGGGCUCGCCGCGGGGACGUUUAUCUACAUCACCUUCAUGGAGAUCCUCCCACAUGAGCUCAACUCCCCCGGGAAGCAGCUGCUCAAGGUGCUCUUCAUCCUGCUGGGCUUCAGCGUCAUGGCGGCGCUGACGUUUAUAGGAUGAGAUCUGUCGGGACGCGGCCUCUGGACUCUCUGAUCCGACUGCUGCAGUUGGGAGGCAUUUAUACAAAAGGACAAAUGGUCUCUGUUCUCUGUUCGACAGCAGUUGUUGAUGUUUAAGUGUUUUAACAAUACCACAGAUUCGUGUACAUACAAACAUUUUUUUUAAAUGGAUUUUAUGUUAAGAGGAACAACUUGCUGCAAAAAAGUACACAGAGGAAAGACGAGGCGCAUCACUAGUUCCUCAUUUGUUUCACUGGUCGUGUUCGGAUCCAUACUUUGUGGCAUCAAACAAACCCACUGACACUGACUUUACUAUGGAACAAACCACUGGAAACACAAAGUCCUGUUGUAUGAACGAUGUUUAUAUGUUGUAUGUUGCGGUACCUCCAGAUUUUAUAUGUUUACAUCCCAUCAGAAGUGCGUCUGACAGCGUCUUGUUCCCAAAAAGAGUUUGUACCUUCACUUAGUUGGGCACUGGACCUUCUGGUGGAAUUUUUUAUUAAUGAUAAUUCCACUGACAAAGUCUGAUUUGGUAAAUGCUGCCGUUUUAGUGCAAUGCUUUUAGAAGUAAUUUCCAGUUCUUGGCUUUUAAACAAUCAACCCUUCUUAAAUUUUUCCAGUUAACAGACUCUGAUGCUUUAAGAAAAUGGGCAAUAAUGAGAAAAUAUUUGGAUACCUUUUCCAGUAAAUAAUUGGUUAGUUCCACUAAUGAGCUCAGCUUCUACCAUCCUCUAUUUAAACAAGCUGAUAACUAUUAUUUACAUUAUACUGACCUUUGUCCCAGUUUAGUUCACACUGUGCUCCCACUUUAUCCAGUCCAACUGUUUUGAAUUUGGAAUGUGGACAGAAACAGAAGCUUUAAAAUUCUGAACAGACAGAAAUGAAAGAUAAAUAAUUAAUUCUGCAGAACUGAUACUAGCGCACGCACCCGUCAGCACAGUACCUACGUUAAUUCAGUGUUUUUCCUGUCUGAUGCUCUGGACUGUUUUAUUUUACAAUUUCUCAAAUUACCAUAAUGAUUAUACGUUUGUGCACUGAAUUUACAAAAGUGUAUAUUUGUGACUGAAGUUUUAAAACGUCUCUGUUUAAUCUCAAAUCCUGUUUUAGUUUGUCAUGUGAUGGUCGAAUUGUUUCCUGUGCAGAACAAAUAUAAGGAAGUUGGAUUGUGUUGGUUUUUUUUGUGGUAAAACACUUGUGUAAAUGUCAGCAGCUUUAUUAAGACCCAAUCAAACACAUCACGACACAUAUUUGUAUAUUCAUAUUUUUUUCAUUUAGGGAACACUGACCAACACUGAUGAAACAAUGAACCCCCCCGAAAAGGAACAGUUUGUACUUCUGCUUCCAGACUGGUAUUGUCAUGUGUAGAAGUCCAAAAGUCCAAACCACUUUUUCACCUACAACUUAUUUUGUGCCUUGUGAUUAUUCACCUCAUGAGAGAGAAGACUUUGUUACUCUGUUGUGUAAACUUGAUGAGAGUAAAGAUCAAAGAAUCAUUUUC